GAUCAAGCCCUAUAUUUCGAUUUCGAUCUCUAUUUCAACUAUUAGUUUGUUGUGAACCACCAACCAAUUUUGGUCAACUACCAAAUCCGAAUCAUGUAGUGCCUUUUAUAGAUCCAUUUUCUCACAUAUUCCUCUGCUUCCUUACAGUAAACCCUAGACAUCAUCCCCACCAAAUUGGGAAGUCAUCAUUCGAAACCCUAACCCUCCCGAGUUCUGCAAAAAAGUUGGACCUCCCUUAUCUCACCCAACUUUUGAGGCCAGAAACAUGGCUGAAGAUCUGGACAAACCACUGUUGGAUCCUGAGAAUUUCAACCGGGAAGGGAUUGAUCUGGAACGCUUGCCCUUAGAUGAAGUUUUUGAACAACUAAGAACUUCACGAGCAGGACUUUCAUCUGACAAUGCAGAGCUCCGCCUGACUAUAUUUGGCCCAAACAAGCUUGAAGAAAAACCAGAGAACAAAUUUCUGAAAUUUCUCAGUUUUAUGUGGAAUCCCUUGUCAUGGGUUAUGGAAGCAGCAGCAGUGAUGGCCAUUGUCCUUGCUAAUGGUGGAGGGGAGGGUCCUGACUGGCAGGACUUUGUAGGGAUUAUUUGCCUGUUAAUCAUUAACUCAACCAUUAGUUUCAUAGAAGAAAAUAAUGCUGGAAAUGCUGCUGCAGCACUUAUGGCACAUUUAGCCCCCAAAACUAAGGUCCUCAGAGAUGGGCAAUGGCAAGAGCAAGAUGCAGCUGUUUUAGUACCAGGAGAUAUUAUUAGCAUAAAGCUUGGUGAUAUUAUCCCUGCGGAUGCUCGCCUGCUUGAGGGAGACCCACUAAAAAUUGACCAGUCAGCUCUUACAGGAGAAUCUCUGCCUGUCACCAAGAAGACAGGUGAUGAAGUUUAUUCUGGUUCAACAUGUAAGCAUGGAGAAAUUGAAGCUGUGGUGAUAGCAACGGGAGUUCACUCUUUCUUUGGAAAAGCUGCACAUUUAGUUGAUUCCACUGAAGUUGUUGGCCAUUUCCAGAAGGUCCUUACAGCUAUCGGGAACUUCUGUAUUUGCUCUAUAGCAGUGGGAAUGAUUCUUGAAAUUAUUGUCAUGUUCCCUAUACAGCAGCGUGCAUAUAGAGUUGGAAUCAACAACCUUCUUGUCCUCUUGAUUGGAGGAAUACCCAUAGCUAUGCCAACAGUGUUAUCUGUUACACUAGCAAUUGGUUCUCAUCGACUCUCUCAACAGGGUGCCAUUACGAAGAGGAUGACAGCAAUCGAAGAAAUGGCUGGAAUGGAUGUCCUCUGCAGUGAUAAAACUGGAACACUGACCCUGAAUCGCCUCACUGUUGAUCGAAACCUUAUCGAGGUUUUCUGCAAAGAUAUGGAUAGGGACACAGUUGUCCUGUAUGCUGCCAGAGCAGCUAGACUGGAGAAUCAAGAUGCCAUUGAUGCAGCCAUAGUUAACAUGCUUGCUGACCCGAAGGAGGCGCGUGCAAACAUCACAGAAGUGCAUUUCCUGCCCUUCAAUCCUGUGGACAAACGCACUGCAAUUACAUACAUUGAUUCCGAUGGCAAUUGGUAUCGGACCAGCAAAGGAGCUCCUGAACAGAUUUUGAAUCUCUGCCCCGAGAGAGAUGAGAUUGCCGGAAAAGUUCAUGCCAUCAUUGACAAGUUUGCUGAAAGGGGCUUGCGGUCUCUUGGGGUUGCUUUUCAGGAAGUUCCAGAAAAAUCAAAGGAGAGCCCUGGAGGUCCUUGGACAUUUUGUGGGUUGUUGGCCUUGUUUGAUCCUCCAAGACAUGACAGUGCUGAGACCAUUCGUAGAGCACUUAACCUUGGUGUUUGUGUAAAGAUGAUCACAGGCGAUCAGUUGGCAAUUGCAAAGGAGACGGGUCGGCGACUUGGCAUGGGAACUAAUAUGUACCCUUCUUCAUCAUUGUUGGGCCGUAACAAGGAUGAAAAUGAAGUUCUUCCAGUGGAUGAGCUUAUUGAAAAGGCAGAUGGCUUUGCUGGUGUAUUUCCUGAACAUAAGUAUGAGAUUGUAAAGAUUUUACAAGAAAAGAAGCAUGUGUGUGGCAUGACGGGAGAUGGUGUGAAUGAUGCACCUGCUUUAAAGAAAGCAGAUAUUGGUAUAGCAGUGGCAGACGCCACGGAUGCUGCAAGGGGUGCUGCCGAUAUUGUCCUAACAGAGCCUGGUUUAAGUGUGAUUAUCAGUGCUGUUUUAACUAGCCGAGCUAUAUUUCAGAGAAUGAAGAAUUAUACAAUAUAUGCUGUCUCCAUAACAAUUCGGAUUGUGCUUGGUUUUACGCUUCUAGCAUUGAUAUGGGAAUAUGACUUCCCACCUUUUAUGGUUCUGAUAAUAGCAAUACUGAAUGAUGGGACCAUCAUGACUAUUUCCCAAGAUCGGGUGAAACCAUCUCCAAGACCUGACAGUUGGAAGCUCAAUGAGAUAUUUGCAACCGGCAUUGUCAUUGGAACUUAUCUUGCCUUAGUUACUGUCUUAUUUUACUGGGUUGCACAGGAUACAUCUUUCUUUGAGACCUGCUUCGGUGUGAGAUCCCUAGCUGAAAAUACUGAAGAAAUUUCUUCUGCCAUGUAUCUGCAAGUCAGCAUUAUAAGCCAAGCUCUCAUUUUUGUUACGCGCAGUCAAAGUUGGUCAUUUUUGGAGAGGCCCGGGACUCUUUUGAUGUGUGCGUUUGUGGUGGCUCAAUUGGUUGCUACCCUGAUUGCAGUCUAUGCAGAUAUUAGUUUUGCUUCUAUAAGUGGCAUUGGAUGGGGCUGGGCAGGUGUUAUAUGGUUAUAUAGUUUGAUCUUCUACAUUCCCCUAGAUAUUAUCAAAUUUGCAGUCCGCUAUGCUUUGAGCGGCGAAGCUUGGAAUCUACUAUUCGAUAGGAAGACUGCCUUUACUUCUAAAAAGGAUUAUGGGAAGGAAGAUAGGGAAGCAAAGUGGGUACUUUCUCAGAGAAGUCUACAAGGGUUGAUGGCUGCAGAAUUCGACGGAAGGCGGUCUCCAACAAUUGCUGAACAGGCCAGACGGCGUGCUGAAAUAGCUAGGCUAGGAGAAUUGCACACAUUGAAAGGACACGUGGAGUCAGUGGUGAGGCUUAAGAAUUUGGACUCGCGUAUGAUUCAAUCAGCUCAUACAGUCUGAAGCAAUGUUUCACAGGAAGGUUGUCUCAUACAAUUUUCUGUGGAAAACAAAAAUUACUGCUAUUGUUGGCAUGGUAAAUAUUGGGUAAUCUGCAAGAGAAGUGUCGAAAGAGCUGCUGUGAAUGGUAUCACUGAUUUCUGCAGUGGUAUUCUAAAUUUUUUGGACUCACAAAGCUUAGAGUGCAUCUGCAAAGGGGCCUUCUGCAAAUAAAUCAUGCCAUUUCGUAGUCUGUAUUACUUUUUUAUUUUUUAUUUUUUUUUAUUAUAGAGGAUAGGAUUAUCUUCCCUGAGCUUUUUGACAUUUUUAAUAUCUGUUUGCAGAGAUCUUUAUGUAAUGAGUAGACAAUUCUGGAAGAAAUAAAACCACACUUUACAAGA